AUGAAACCACAAGGAUACCCAGCUCUGUUUCUCUGCCUCACUCUGGCAGCCUGCCCAUUGGUAGAUGGCUUGGUUGUGCCGCCCAUAAUUUGGAGCGGGAAAUCCGCCACAACGCGGUUAUUCCUGGCCAAAAAGAAGCGCAACACCAAAAAGGCGGGCAAUUCUGCGAGUGGUGGAUUUGCCGCCACGGUCAAGAAAAAUAAGUCCACCAAUGUGGGUGGCGACUAUGCCAUGUUUCCAGCACUGGAGCCAGACGUCAAGGGCACACUGGUAGCAUCACCCGAUGAUCCAAAUAAUGAUCCGCCCCGAGAGUUGCCCAAUGAGAUUUAUCAACGUCUCGACCAAAUCUACGGAUUUUCACAAUUCAACUACGAAAAUAGUCCAGUGGCAGAAGAAGAAGAAGAAGAAACGACAAUGUCCUUUCAAGAUUUGAUUUCUGGAAAUUUGGAAGAAGAAGACGAAGACGAGGACGACAAUGAUACCCACCAAAUAUUAUCCCAAUUACCACCGUUUGAACAGUUUCACGUCCUUCAUGUAGACCCCUUGGUGAUAUCCGUGCAAGAUUUCUUUACCAGUGAAGAAUGCGAUGCCUACGUCGACAUGCCAAACUUGCCUGACAAAGAAAUGUUCCAAACAGGAUCCAUGACGGUGGGAAAAGAUGCCAAGAGCAAGGCACAACGAACCAGCACCACUUGGUUCAAUCAUUACAAAAACGUCCCCGCAUUAAUGGCAAAAGCAUCCCGCUUGUUGGGUUUGGAGGGAAUUGAUCAGUGGGAAGAACCUCAGACUGUACGAUACCGAAGAAGCGAAAAAUUUACAUGGCACUUGGAUGCCCUGGGGCCACAAGAGUUGACCUCCAGCAAGGGAGGACAGCGGAUAGCCACUGUGUUGGUGUAUCACACCGAUUUGGAGGAAAACGAAGGUGGUGCCACAAUUUUUCGUGAUUUGCGAGACAAGAAUGGCGAUCGAUUGAAAGUUCAACCCAAGAAAGGAUCGGCUUUGAUAUUCUUUCCCUCUGCGGGUGGGAUCCCCAAUCAACCUUUGGAUAUUCGUACUUUGCAUUGUGGCGAGUCGGUUGCUGAAUCGAGCCAACACGAUAAAUGGAUCUCACAGCUCUGGCUACGAGCUACUCGCAAUGCCUACCAACCCACGGCACCCGAUGGGAAUACCCAUGCGGCUGCCACCGAAGCCAUUGCAGACUAUUGCAAGGCGGCAGCGUAA